UAGAUAGUAAAUUAACGCCUAUCAAGUAUAACAUAGUUUACAGAAACAGAACUUUAAUAUGGAGAAUGCGUGGAUUAUUUUUAACAAAGACUCUCCAGAUCACUAAUAAGAAGAGGUUUGAACAUGAAAUACUUGAUCAAGACAAUAGCGCUGACGUUGGUUCUAGUUGUCACCGUGGCAUUAUUUAAUAAAUUUUCUGCAAUCAUUUUUGGUUAUGAAAUACACACGGAAAUUCUUAGUAUGACCGCUAGAGGCAACCAGUGUCGUCCACAAGAUAUUUAUGCUUAUUCGGCCAUUGGAAAGCUAAAUGUUAAUUGGAUUAAAUAUGACUCAAUAGUAAUUACUGGAUGGUGUAAAGGAAAUGACCAAUUCAACUGCAUAUUGUUUACUAGUGACCAACAGCAUGCGUUUGUAAAAGCAACGCGCUGGCGGCAGUACUCACAAGGAAGUCCAAAAAUGUAUGCCUGUCAGUUUAUAUGUGAUAUAACAAACAAAUCUAUUACUCAUAUUAGUAUCGUUAAAAAUGGUGCUUCUGAUAACUCGUGUUCACAAGUACUUAAAGUAACUUAUCCAACAAGACAACAAGAUAAGCUAGCUGUAUGUUCUAAAAUGGCGUACGGCACUGAAAAACCUAUCAAACUUAUUGAGUGGUUCGAAUACAAUCUUUUGAUGGGAGUAGACAGGUUUAUAACGCUGGUCCAACCAUUAAAUAGGGACGCUUUUAAAGUGUUGAAAUAUUACCAGAAGAAAGAUGUUUUAGACAUGGGUAUAUUUCCUGCUCCGUUACCAGGGGAAGCAACAGCUAACACUUUGGAUUGCAAGAUAAAGGACAGAAAGGAGUGUUUUAAAAAUUACAGCUACGACGAAAUGAAAGAUAUCCCUUGGAAAGUUUUCCGGCGGCCUUCACCCCAGGGGGAACACGACCAACAGGUUGCUUUAUACCACUGCUUAGAGACAUUCCAAGGUUAUGAUUUCGUGGCUAAUGUUGAUUUUGAUGAAUUCAUUGUACAUUCACAGUUUAAACAGUUCAAAGAUUACUUGAAGAACGAUUUAAUGCCAAGAUAUCCGACUGCUGCUGGGUUUACUUUGAAUCAUUCAUACUUCAUUGAAGACUGGGGAGUGUCUGGAGAUGGAUUUCUACAGAUAUCUCGCUUUGUAACGAGAUUAGAUCCUCGAUUAUUAAAUUAUAAAAAUAUUGUUAUUCCCAGCAGACUAGCUGAUAUACAUACCCACAACCUGAAAGAAAAACCGGGAUACACAAGAGUCUAUCUCAAAAGUCACGAUAUGGUUGUUCAUCAUUAUAGAACUUGUCCUACUGUUGCAUAUUGGAAGGACUGUCUGAAUUUUCCAAAAUAUAAAGAUUUAAAAAUGAAUCACGUUAGACCGGAAAUGGAGGCGCGGGUACUUCGAGUUUUAAAGGAACUUGGGCUUCAUGAGCGAAAAUACAUAAUGUGAUAUUAAGUGCUAUACAACACUCGUGGUGAUGUGCGACUGAAGUAGUCAGAGAUUUCUAUUAACAACACAUAAUGGAAUGAAUUAAGGACGUUUAUUUAUAUCCUUCCUGGUUUGUUCACACACGAACUAAUUAGGUCUGAAACGACAUUGAAAAGAGAACAACGUUAAAUAACAAACAACCUAAGACAAGAUGUCCGUGUUCACAGAUAUGGGCAGAGCUAAACAUCAACAUCAAUAUAAUUGACGAUCUCAAGCAAUAAAUAUUUUACAAAUGUAUACAUGAAACUUUCAUAAAGAAAAAAAGUGGUAGGUUUAUGACAUGAAGGCACCGGGCGAUAUCUUUUUGCGCCAAAAAUGAAGUCAUUUGAGCAACAACUUAUUUGCACCAAUGCUACUUCUGCGCCACUUCAUUUUAAAAAAUUAAGAUAUCAUUUGCGCCAAUAAAAUAAUCAUCUAAUUCCGUCAAUUCUAUGAAUUUAUUUUGACUUAUAUAUAUCAACUAAAUGAUUGACUUCAUUCCUCCUUUAUCACAGCUUUAAUGUAUGUCGAAUGUAUGUGAAGCAUAAAAUUGUUUGUUGUAAUGAGAGUAGAAUGAUUCAGGUCUGUUAUUUGGUCUUUUCAGCCAAUACUGAAGGAGGAAACAACGCAUUAUCCUCUAUGUAUGCUGAUAACACGUACUCAGUGAAGUCUUCUACGUACCUUUGUAUCACUUGGCAUAUCAGGAAUUAAAUCAUCAACAAAGCUAUCAUCCACAUAUUCUGGUUUUAGGAACGCUAAUCCGAAAAAAUGGUAUAACCAUUUACUUAUGUUAGUUCUAUUUUUGUUAUAUUCUUUCCCAAGACAUAAAUUCUGUAUUUUCCUCCACCAAGCCACAUAUCAGACAUCUUUACAAUUUGAAAAACUAUUCUAUUACUGAACAUUUUGAUUAUUGGUGAGUUUUCUUAAUUUUGAUGAGUGUUCAGUUUAAUCUAAAGUGGAUAUGUUACAUGUAUGAUAUAGGUAAAACAAAAAAUACAGGUAAAUGUGGCGCAAUUUGAUUCCAUUUAUUGGCGCAAUUAAUAUCAUCAGAAAAAUAGAGAGUGGCGCAAUUAAUACCUUUUCAAAACUGUAAUUGGCGCAAAUUGAUUCUGCCUAAGGCACCCCUCCCCCUUUCCCAAAUAUAUAGAAAAAUAUAUAUGCACAACAUUGAUUGAAUUAAAGCUGACUUGUCUGGACAAGACUAUAGGCGAGGACAUUCAUGUUGUACCGACAUCUUCAUAAAACCACCAAGUUUGCAUUUUCGUGACAUUGUCCUGUGUUUCUUUUUAUUAUUAAAACAAUACUAUUUUGA